AUGUCUUCUGAUUUCUCCGAAGCUGACAUAAUUGCACUCGUGCAUGAAAAUGAUACUUACCCUGAACAAGUGUGGUAUACUAUCGCCGCGUUUCUCUUCGUAGUUGGCUGCUUCCAAUUCUCUCUCCGCCGUAUUCCGCUCGCGAUCGUAAAUGUCUAUCGUGUUGUUGCUUUCCGGUGGACCCUAGAAAUAGGGAAAUCUUAUACCCUCAAUAUGGCAGAAGUUUUUGUCACUGUGGCAUACAUCGCCCUUCUGUUGAUCUAUGCCUUCGUUAACACUACCUCAGUCGAGGGUCAAAAGCUUGAUAUCAUCUACUGGAGCAACCGCAUAGCCAUGCUGGCGUCCAGUCAAUUUCCCAUUAUCACCGCUCUUGGCACAAAGAACAAUCUCGUGUCUCUGGUCACGGGCAUCAGCUACGAUAGGCUCAAUUAUGUUCAUCGAAUGAUGGCGAGGACAUGCUUCAUGCUCCUUUGGGUACAUGCAGCGGGCGAAAUAGUAUGCUCUCCCUCGUACGUACCUUCGAUCUAUGCUUGCGCUUUUCUAAUGGAGUUUACCGAAAGCUUCCAGGAGACUUUGAGCGAGCCAUGGCUUCGUGCCGGUAUCACUGCCAUGGUUGCCUUCUCUAUUCUGAUCCUAGUAUCACUGCGUCCCGUUCGUAAUGAUAUCUAUGAGGUCUUCUUUUACGUCCACUUCCUUGGCGUCCUGAUAUUUCUGGUGGGAGGGUAUUACCACACCAAGGGUGCUUACGGGUCGUACUGGAUAUGGCCCUCGUUUGUAUUCUGGGCUCUCGACCGCUUCAUCCGAGUGGUUCGACUUGUUGUAUUCAAUCACUCUUACUUUGGGUUCAAGUCGGGAUCUGGGACGAUGGAUGCAACGACAGAAAUGCUUUCCGCAGAUGUCGUUCGAUUGCGUUUACGCCGGCCCCCGCAUUUCCAUUGGUCCCCAGGACAAACAGCAUAUCUAAUCAUGCCCUCGGUUUCGACACUUCCAUUCGAAGCGCACCCCUUUACUAUUGCGAGUUUCGAUUCUAGUCUGCUUUCAACCCCGAAAACGGAGGAUCAAUCUGGAAGCGGUGAAAAUGACGAAACCCAGGUUUUGGGAUCAAGCGCUCCGUUCUGGAAAGAGCUCGUGUUUUUGGUCAACGUACAUGGAGGGUUCACGAAAAAGCUAAAGGAGGUAGCUGCCACGAAGGGCAUAGUUAAGGUUUUUGUAGAUGGUCCUUACGGACCGUCUCCUGACCUGGGUUCUUACGACACGUGCGUAUUUGUGGCAGGAGGGUCUGGUAUAUCAUAUACCCUUCCGGUCUUCCUGAGCGUUAUUGAGAGCGUACGCAAGGGGAAAAGCUCCUGCAAACGAGUUGUGUUCAUUUGGUCAAUACGCGGAGCUGGCUAUGUUGAAUGGAUCGAAGAAGCACUUAUCAAGGCUGUUCAGCUUGCCCCGCCUUCUUUAACAGUAUCCAUCCGUAUCUUUGACACUGGUUCUUUAUCAAAGGCACAAUCUAUGGAAGAGAAUUAUAGCCCUUCAACUCCAACAGAGAAGAACGGUAUUCCUGAACAAGUUGUGACAAGGAAAACUUCCUUAACGUCGUCAAUGUUAUUAUCGCUACGCGGGGUCAAAAUGGAAAGUGGACGAUCGGAUCUGGAUGGACUGCUCAAAGAAGAAGUCAGCAUGGCCUCGGGGAGUAUGUCGGUCAGCGUUUGCGGGUCUCAGAAUAUAUCGCGCGCAGUCCGUCAUGCACUUCGCUUCCCUGUCUCUGGGCCUUCCAGUAUUCUCAGUGGAGGACCGAGCGUGACCCUAUAUGUCGAAUCGUUCGGAUACGCCUGAUGGUCUCCUGAGCCACCUGGUUCACUUUUAUGUAUGACCUUUUUUGUUUUCUUUGUCACCUGGGUUUCUUGCGAUUUGAUACUGUAGCUAGUACGGUUUACGUUGCCACGGAAGUCCGAUAGAUGUUUGUACUCGAUGGGACCAUUUUUUAGUAUACCCCAAGUAUGCUUGUAAAUUUGUCGC